CAGAUUUUGACUGCUCACUCUCUAUCUUUUAUUUUUCUCUCUGUCUCUCCGUCUCCGUCACUGUUUUUAUCUUGAGUCUUUGCUGUAGUGUUGUGGGGUUUACAGAUUUGUGACCAAUUUGCGGUUGGAUUUUCUGGUUUCUGCUAUCCUGUUUGCUGAUCUAAGAAACACUUGCAGAGUGGUUGGAACUGGCGAUCUGUUUGCGCUGAGGAAAAGAAACAGCAUGCGGUGGUGGCUGAGUCUCUCUGUUGACGUGUUUCGAAAAGUCAUCUCCUUGCAUCUCUACUGUCGUGUGAUUCUGUAAUUGUUCUCAUAAUCACAGAACUACCAGAAACCUUCUCUUCGGUCGUGUUACCCUGAAAAUUUUCCAUGGGAUCUACUUUCUUCAUCGUUGUUCCUUGUUACGUUCGUCAAAUUAGCUGAACGUUAACAAGAAAAGACCCCAUUUCUUUUCCUUCUCAUCUUCUUGUUUCACCCACCUCUUUUCUUUUUUUCCAGUAAUUGUCGUCUUCUUCUGGGUAUAUCUUUUCUGGGUCAUCCUCUUUGAUUUAUCUCUGUGGAGGAUCGUGUUGUUCAGAUUUGUUAUCAUUAAUAGUAUUUGAAGGGUUGGGGGACGUAGUUAUGGUGUGCCAAGCAGCGAGCCAAACAAGAUUUCGGGCAUUGAAGUACGAAAAUGGGAUUGCAGGGAGCGCCACCAUUGUAGUUAGAGUUAUAGCUUGCUUUCAACCACUUCAAGAUUGCCAGAUUCUUGUUUUAAGUGGAUGGGAGAGGACUCUGGAUCCCGGUUUCCUUGGCAUCGACUGGAAUUGCAAUCCCCUGAUCUUUAUUCCCCCGGUCCUCCAUUUCAUUCCCUUAGCCAGGAUAAAGUUCCGGGUUUGAUGAACAGUGGGACUAAUCUGAUUUCUGUUGAUGGGAAUUUUCCUGUUUGUGAACGUCCCCUAGUCCCUCAAUUCCGUGAAGGCCUGGCAAAUGAUCUUCGUGGCUGGUUCUAUUGUUUGCCUCGCUUUCGACAGGCCUUUAUACCUUCUUCAACCCCAAUUUUGAAGGACAAUCCAAAGCGUCUCUAAUGAUGUUUUUGGUGAGUCUAUGGCGCUAAGGGAGGGCCGGGAUGCGCCCAGAAGAGAUUCCUUGUGUUUGAUCAGUCUGGGUGCCAAACAAGGUUGAUAUUUAGUUCGGGUGUGGAGACUCGCAAUCAGCAUUUUACUCCUUUGGGUCCUAAGUUUCCUGGUGUGAACAGGGAGGUUCCUCAGAGUAAAGAGGAAUUGAAGAUUGAUAUUGGAAUGAAUUCAAUGGAUGAAGUUGAUGGAAUACAUGGAACUGAUGUCGAAAGUGAAAUGAGGGAGGAUACAGAGGAGCUAAAUGCAUUACUUUACUCUGAUGAUUCAGAUGGUGAUGGUGAUUAUACCGAAGAUGAUGAAGUUACAAGCACUGGACAUUCGCCUAGUACGAUGACAGCUCAUGGUAAGCAGGGCUCGUUUGAGGGGAGCACAGGAGGAAUGUCAAGUUAUGUUGGACCGAGCAAAAAGCGAAAGCUUUUUGAUCAUGGUGAUCAUGAUUUACACUCGCUUCUGGACACUGCAAGUUCAGUGAAUCCGUGUAAGUGCGCUGAAUAUGAAGAUGAUGCAGAAUCUAGUUGUGGCAACCACAACCGGGAGAUUGAUUUGCUAUCAUCAGAAAACAAGAGGUUGAGAAGGGAGAAAAUCCGUGAAACUGUGAGUGUUCUGCGUAGCAUAAUUCCCAACGGAGAAGACAAGGAUCCCAUGGUGGUUCUUGACGAGGCCAUUGAUUACUUGAAAUCCUUGAAGCUCAAAGCCAAAGCUUUAGGACUCAAUGCUCUAUGACCUGCUUUGGGUAUAUAAUUAAAGUCUAGUCUUUUGCUUAGCUAGUAUAGCUGUAUUAGUACUUUUCUCAGCAAACUAUUAAUCUCUUGAUGGUAAAAAUGGAGGUGAUAUUUAAGAUAAAAUAAAGGAGAGAAAGAAAAGCAAGGAAGCUUCAAAGACUCCUCUAAUCUUGUUUCGGUGGCUUGAAUCGAGAAACCAGCUGCCAUUGGCUGGUGAUACGAAUCUCUCUAGUCUCUCUGGAGAAGGGUGUGUUAUAUAUUAAUGCCUAAAUAAGGGGAGGUGAAGGAAGAAUCAUUUGAAUCAUUCGUGCUGGAACAAACAAACGCAGACAGACAAUAUAGCACUCAAGGCUUGGUAAAUGGAGGGUGUGAUUCAGAAACUGGUGGGUGUAGAGGAAUAUUUCUCCCAGGAAGAAAAGAAUGAGGGUAUAUCGGGACCCAACUCUGACUUUCUCUUCCUUUAGGAAUUCUUGUGAUGUCUUUCCUUUUCAAUCUGCCAUUAGAGAAUUUGCUUUGAGAGAUUUUCUAAUCUGUUCUGCAACGACUUGCCAAAAGGAAGGAGAAGAGGCGGGGUCCGUAGAUGAAGCAUAUUAUUGCCCCGCUCAUUAUAUCUUCCCGUUGGUUCAUCUCCCAAGCACUUUGUAAUUUGGUUUUAUCUCCUCGUAACAUUCCCUUUCUAUGUUUUCAUUAAGUUUAAGUUGUAUUCUCAAUCUCUCUGAUCUGUGUAAUGUAAAGACCCAUGUUUUUUAUUUUUAUUUUUUCCUGUC